GGUCUCGGGGCGCAGCUGCCGCCGCGAUGAGCUGGGCGCUGGCGCUGGGCGCGCUGCUGCUGCUGCUGCUGCUGCUGCUCUUCGUGCGCGCCGAGGGCGACCUGCGCCUGCUCUGGGCCGAGCGGUGGGGCCGGCGGCCGGAAUGGGAGCUGACCUCUCAGGUGGUGUGGAUAACUGGAGCAUCAAGUGGGAUUGGCGAAGAGCUGGCUUACCAGCUAUCCAAACUAUGCGUUUGUCUUGUGCUGUCAGCCAGAAGAUUGGAUGAGCUAGAAAGAGUGAAAAAUAAAUGCCUUGAAACUAGCCAUUUAAAAGAAAAAGAUAUACUUGUUCUGCCUCUCGACCUGGCCGAUAGAAAUUCUCAUGCAGCAGCGACCAAAGCAGUUCUCCAGAAGUUUGGUAAAAUCGACAUUCUGGUCAACAAUGGCGGGAAAUCUCAGCGCUCUUUGGUUGUAGACGCCAGCUUGGAUGUCUACAAGGAACUCAUAGAGAUCAACUACUUGGGGACAGUGUCUUUGACAAAGUGUGUUCUGCCUCACAUGAUUGAGAAGAAACAAGGCAAGAUUGUUACUGUGAACAGCCUCAUGGGUUUUAUGGCUGCACCCCUCUCCAGUGGAUAUUGCGGCAGCAAGCAUGCACUGCAGGGAUUUUGUGACGCGCUCCGGACUGAACUUGUUUCAUAUCCAGGCAUACUAGUUUCUACCAUUUACCCGGGACCUGUACAAUCAAAUAUUGUUAAGGAAUCGUUUACUGAGGAAGUCACAAAGAUUGUAGGUAAUCCUGGCGAUCAGUCCUAUAAGAUGGCCACCAGUCGUUGUGUGCGGUUGAUGUUAGUCAGCAUGGCCAAUGACCUGAAAGAAGUUUGGAUCUCAGAUCACCCUUACUUGUUACUGGCAUAUAUGUGGCAAUAUAUGCCAACGUUGGCCAGGUGGAUAACUGGAAAACUCGGGAAGAAGAGAAUUCAGAACUUUAAAAGUGGUGUGGAUGCUGAUUCCUCUUAUUGUAAAAUCUGGAAGACAAAAUGUGAGUGAAGAAGUACUUGCAUUUAUCAAGCCCCUGGAGACAGAAAUGGCUACCAUGGAAACUGCAAUCCUCUUAUAUACUACUGCAGACUAAUUUGUGAUUUUAUUUUUUAAGAUACAACUGUUGCUGCAACAUGAUAAUAAAUGAUUGUUGGGCACCUGC